AUGGAGUUGAAUCUAGUGGGAAACAGCUUCUACAACGAGAUUCCUCAAGAAAUUGGUCUUUUAAAAAGACUGGAAAUAUUAGAACUGGUGAAUAACUCCAUCAGUGGUAAAAUUCCUUCCAAUUUAUCAGCUUGUUCUAAGCUUACAUGGGUUGACAUGAGAGGCAACCAACUAACAGGAGAAAUACCUGCUUCGCUGGGUCUCUUGUCAAACCUGAAAGUCUUUGGCGUUUACAACAACAGUUUGAGAGGGAGUAUCCCACCUUCAUUAGGGAACAUAUCAUCCCUAGAGAAACUUUCUUUGAGUUUAAACGCGUUAAGUGGGAUUAUACCUGAAGCUCUUGGAAGGCUGACAAAUCUUUCAUAUUUCAUUGCAGCGGGAAAUGAAAUAUCUGGUACUAUUCCAGUCUCAAUGUUCAAUCUCUCCAAUCUUAGAAAAUUUGAUAUUGGUGUCAACAAUAUUCGAGGUACUCUUCACUCUGACUUAGAAAUCAUUAUGCCAUAUGUUGAGACCUUUUCCAUAGGAUCCAACCAAAUCUAUGGACAAAUCCCAGUUUCAAUAUUCAAUGCCUCAAAUCUGAAAAUACUUCUACUUGAUGAUAAUAGACUCAGUGGAAAUGUGCCUUCAUUAGAAAAGCUGGAUAAAUUGUACAGAUUUUCCUUAUACAAUAACCCUCUGGGACACGGGAGAGAAGGUGACUUGAGAUUUGUCUGCAGUUUAGUCAAUAAAACCAAACUAGAAAUUCUGUGGUUAGGCUUAAAUAAUUUUGGAGGGGUAUUUCCCAAAUGCAUUAGCAAUUUUUCUACAACCCUUUUACAAUUAGUAAUAGAGAAGAACAAAAUAGUGGGAAGAAUACCGAGUGGGAUUGGAAAUCUCAUCAAUUUGGAGGUGCUAGGUGUUUCAGGAAAUCAUUUAUCAGGCCCCAUUCCCUUUGAUAUUGGGAGGCUUCAGAAGCUGACACUCUUUCACGGUGACACUAAUUCUCUGUCUGGGACUAUUCCUCGUUCUAUUGGAAAUUUAACAAUGUUAAUUAGACUUGUUUUAUAUCUUAACAAUCUUCAAGACAACAUUCCUUUAAGUCUAGGCAAGUGUAAAAUGUUGCAAUAUUUGGAUCUUUCUGAUAACAAUCUUAGUGGACCAAUACCUCGGGAAGUAUUUGGAGUCUCAUCCUUGACCAUUUUACUAGACUUGUCAUCAAACUAUUUGAGUGGUAAGCUUCCUGUUGAAGUAGAAAAACUGAGAAAUCUAGGUCAAUUGGAUGUCUCUGAAAACAGGUUAUCUGGCAUUCUUCCAAACAGCCUUGGUAGCUGCAUAAGUCUAGUGAAGUUGUUCUUGAAAGGAAAUUCGUUUGAAGGGUUCAUUCCAUCAUCUUUGAGUUCAUUGAGAGGCCUUGAGGCAUUGGAUAUAUCUCACAAUAAUCUUUCGGGUGAGAUUCCAGAAUUUCUUGUGAACUUUGAGUCAUUAAAGUAUUUAAACCUCUCUUUCAAUGAUUUUGAAGGAGUGUUACCAAGUGAAGGAGUCUUUAAGAAUGCAAGUGCUACGUUCGUUGAGGGAAACAAUAAGCUUUGUGGAGGCAUUCCUGAGUUACACUUAUCAAAAUGCGACUUGAAAAAAUCAUCAAACAUUUCCCUUAAAUUGAAAAUUAAAAUUAUUAUUGUGGUUUUAGGAGUGACUUUGGUUUUCACUUGUCUCCUCUUCUUGUGGUUGAGAAAGAAGAAAGAGCAAAAUCCAACAUCAACUUGUGCAGAAAAUUCACUUUUGCAGUUAUCAUACCAAAGUCUCCUAAGGGCUACUGAUGGAUUUGCCACACAUAAUUUGGUUGGUUCGGGAAAUUUUGGUUAUGUGUACAAAGGAAUUCUCGAAGAGAGUGGUGUAUCUAUUGCAGUAAAGGUGCUUAAUCUUCUGAAUCGUGGAGCAUCGAGGAGUUUCUUAAUUGAAUGUGAGGCCUUGAAGAACCUUCGACAUCGAAAUCUUGUCAAGCUUGGAGGACUGGCUGCAUCAAUCUAUCACCAUGAAUGAACCAGAGACAAUGCGGAACUUGAAUUUCUUUCAAAGAGUUAAUGUGGCCAUAGAUGUUGCUCAUGCACUCGAAUAUCUACACCAUCAUUGUGAAACGUCAAUCAUUCAUUGUGACCUCAAACCAAGCAAUAUUUUACUCGAUGACAAAAUGGUUGGCCAUAUAAGUGACUUUGGCUUAGCAAAAAUUAUUUC